UUUCUAACCCGGUUACAAAGUGUCAUCUUCGAUACCACUCGAAUUUUGAGCGGCAUGUUGCGGUUUGUUAAACCGGAGCCACGUGAAAAGAGCUUAUGAUUUGAAAUCGCCUUCAUACCUCAUACUGUCAUCAAUCUGUCAACGGUUUGUUUUUGUUUGUACGUACGUUGUUGUGUAAGUAAAAUCCAUAGUAUAAAUUAAAAUAUUUCAAAACUGGUUUUUCUAACAACCUUUUUAAUGCCUUCCGCAACAAAUAAAAGCUUCGAAACCAUGAACGAGUUAAGACCUGGUCAAGACGAUUUUCAACAAUUGGCUGACCUAGCUGGUAUUUACAUGGAUAAAGAACUAUCCAGGGAUUUGGUGCAGCUUUUGAACAUGGGAAUUAGUCCAGAAGUAGUGUUUAAUUUGUUGAAAGUAAUAAGAAAAAAGAAAACGGAAAGAAGUAAGUCCAGAAGGUCAACUCAAAGAACAUCUUUAUCCAAACAUAAAUGAAUUUAAUUAAUUUCUGCAAUUCUGUAUAUAAUUUUGUUGUUGAAAACCGAGAUAUAUUUAUAAUUUUUGAAUAAAAACAAUAUUUUUGAAGCCGUUUUGUGCAGUUGUUACAGCACAGCCCUUCCUUAGUUCAAGAGGACUGGCGAAAAACCUCCUUCUCGAGGUGAUAUUCAAAUUAACUGCUCCGAGCAUAUUCAAGAAAGAUGUAGAACUACACCAUUUCCAAAUUCAAGCGGCAAUAAAAAUGACAUUAACAUUAGAAGAAUAACCUAAAUGCCUCGGCGAUAUGGUUUUGUCGAGCUGUUAGAAGAAAAAAAUAUAAACAACGGAGAGCGGGAAAGUUUGGAAAAGUGUGAAAAGUAAAUAAAAAGUUCUGUUUUGUAUAUUUUUUGUAUCACUAUAUUUUAUGAAUUUGAAGCCCGAAAGCCGUUUCUUCUUGUAUACAGCCUGAUUUACGAGUCCCGUGUAUUAGAAAUUGUUCAGUUUGCAGGUAGUGGAGUAAAAACGAUAUAAAAAUGUUUCAAAUUUUUUUUUGAAGGUCUAACCACAUGAAACCUAUACAGGAUGAUCGGUUAUGCUCUUGUGCAUCUAAAAUGGCUAAUUACGACUUUUUUCGCGGGGGCAGACAUUUUUUAUCUCAAAAAAUGUGACAAAUAUGUCAAAAUGUUAUUUUCGUGUUUUUUUAAACCCACCACGCGAUAACUCCGGAACUAAUAAACCUAUCAACAUAAUUUUUUUUUCAAUCAGUAGAGGACAUAUGAGCGGUGAUAACUGUGCUAGUUUAAAUCCCAUAGUGACUCAAUUUUUUUUUUGGAAACUAGAUUGAACUUCAAAUUGUA